AUGAGCGAGGACACGCAACCAAGGGCGCCGUAUAGCCAUCAACGCGAGGCCGGCUCUGUACGAACCGCCUUGCCCUCAAGGCCAAUGUCGUCCAAACCGAAUGACAUGCCUGGGGCAUCUUCUCAGGAACGAACCAGACUUCCGACUGACCCGGAAAAUCGAGACUACCGAUCAAAAUUUGGUGGCUCCCCAGGCUCCAGAACAACUCCCCCCAGCGACUCAAUACCCAAGGUUCCCAGCCCUGGCUCGUCGAAAUUGGAUCAUGGCCCAAAAGCGAGUCCGCCCCCAGGAGGCGGCCAAGGCCAAGGCCAGGUCUGCAGCAACUGCGGCACCACUCGAACUCCUUUGUGGAGAAGGUCACCUCAAGGAGCUACGAUUUGCAACGCCUGCGGCCUCUAUCUAAAAGCUAGGAAUGCCUCCCGUCCAACCAGUCUCAAGAGACCACCGAAUGUCGUUCCCGCGGAUCUUCCCCGAACCAGUCCUUCGAAGCCCCUUCAGGCGUCUUCGUCCAAGAAUCCGUCUAGCGCGAACCCAGCAAGUUAUGUUUCUGCCGACCAAACCCCUGGAGGAACCUGUCCUGGCGGCGGUCGGUGCAAUGGAACAGGUGGCGCCGAAGGAUGUAAUGGGUGCCCUGCCUACAACAACCGUGUGUCCAAGAGCUCUCAUCUGAACGUCAUGCAAAAGCGACAGGGUUGCCAGAGUCGACCCGAGAGUGUGAAACCUGAACCCGUUCCCGUCGACGUCAACGCUCUCCAGGGCCAAUCCUCCAACGCUGUCGUCAUUGCGUGCCAAAACUGUGGGACCACCAUCACUCCCUUGUGGAGAAGAGAUGAAAGUGGCCAUACCAUUUGCAACGCUUGUGGAUUGUACUAUAAACUCCAUGGUGUUCAUCGCCCCGUGACAAUGAAAAAAUCAACCAUCAAGAGACGGAAACGAAUUAUCCCUGUUACUCAGGAUGAGGAAAUGGAAGACGCCAUGGACUCGGUCGAAAUACAGAACCAGAGCCAAGAGCCAACUCCCGAGAGAGGAACGAUCAAUGAUGAUGGGUCUAUCAACUUGGGUUUGCGGAGGCGUCCAGAACACCCUCUCACGAUCGAACCCCAUCCUGUCAUGCGUCCAAACAGAAGGAUGUCACCUUUACCAUCUACGUCCGACCUCGCGGCAUAUCAUCAAUCCAACAACAUGCGCAAUCUCCCUUCUUCACUUAACGACGACAAUAGGUUACCCCCGAUGACAUCGAUGACGGCCGCUGCCGACAGACAGUCGUCUCUAUCCCCUGCGUCUUUCCUCUCGCCGACACGGAAACGCUCCUUCUCUACGACCGAAGGCGAACCGUUCAACUUGAACGAGGGCGGACAGGAGAGCACGAAGCGAAUCUCGUCGAUUAAUCUCAAAUCAAUCCUGAACCCUGCGAACUCAACCGGUAGCCCCUCGAAUACAGGGCCAGGGAGCGACGACGGGGACUAUUCCCUCCCACCCAUACGGUCGCCUGGAAGUACAACCGCCUCGGCUCCGAGCCCCGGGGCUUUUUCGAAUCGAGACCCCACCCCGGGCGCCCCACCAGGCUCGCGCGACUUGAACAUGGAGAGUGAGAGGCUUAAAUCCGAGCGCCGAGCUGCCCUCCAACGGGAGGCUGAGAGGAUGCGAGAGAUGCUUGCUGCUAAGGAGCGAGAGCUGCAGGAACUUGGACAUGAUUGA